AUGCAGUUCACUACCGCUCUUCUUGCUCUCGCUGCUACCGCAGUCGCUCUUCCCAACGUUGGCCCUUCUCCUCCCAAGGGUGGCGAGUUGGGCAAGCAGCAACCUUUCUGGCCUGUUGACCAAGGUGUUACCGUCGAGGAAGCCAAGGCUGCUUGUGGUAACAACAACCAAGUUGCUUGCUGCGAUGACACCACCUUCACCGGUGACCAGGUUGAGGUUGAGUCCGGCCCUCUUGCUGGUGCCCUCAAGGAGCUUAUCGGAGGCAAGAAUGGUGCCAAGGGUCUCGGUCUCUUUGACAAGUGCUCCAAUCUCAACCUCGAUGUCCUCCUCGGUACCACCGAUCUUAUCAGCAACCACUGCAAGCAGAACAUUGCUUGCUGCCAGGGCAACACUGCCGACUCCUCUAGCGAUCUCGUCGGACUCAACAUUCCUUGCGUUGCUCUUGGUUCUCUUGUGUAA